UUUCCUUUUGACCGUUGCUCCUUGCACUCUGCUGCGCCAGUCCGCUGAUCUGAGCCGCUGUCUCCCAAGUGCGGAUUUCAGCCUUGGUGAUAAAACAGCCGUUCUGUCUCCAAUCAUGGCCCUCAGUUCGGCCGAGCUGUACUUCAGCCGUAAGGUUGUUGCUGAACUCUUUCCAAAAGCAGCCUCACAGAUGUUAAAAUAGGGCUUAACCUGGAGAAGCCGCUGCACAUCUGUGCAACCAUCUCAGUUAGAGGCACAAGACUGAAAAAAUAGUAAGUCGGAGAAAACAACAACCAGAGGCCCUGCCAUUGAUUCUAAGCUUCUAAUGUCACGGUUUGCUUCUUUUCUUAAGUAUGUCCUGUUAAAGCUUCAAAUCAAAACAAAUUAUGUUGGUUUCUGGAAGGGUUUGGAAACAGAGUGGCAGAAGAUCCGAGUGACAUGUUUCACUUUCACCAUUUCUCUACAAGCCUUCAUCGAGCAAACAGCUUUUUAGCCUCACAGCUCGAAGAAAUCAGCAGAGAGACAAAACUGAAGAAUAUUUUAAGGAGGAGGUUAGAAUAGAGGAGUUGACCAUGUCCGAACACUUCAGGCCGAGUUCAGUGAAGCCCAGAGAUUCGAGGAGCUCCGUCUCCUCCCAGGAGCUCACCGAGGAAUUUAACAACGCCCUGCCAGAGAAGAAGGUGAAGUUUGACAACGACUGGAACUAUAUAGAAAAGUUUGUUGAGGAGGAGCUCAGCCCCUCUCCUUGUUUGUUACCGACGCUUCCUCUUCCUCCACAAGUCACGGAAUCUCAUGAUUCUGAGAUCUGGAUGAGUUCAGGGAAUAAGGAGGAUCCAGAGAACUCUGUCUAUGACAGCAUCACCCUAACCCCAGCAACGAAGAAAGUGCUCAAAACCUGGGAGUUUGUAGAUGGCCUUCUUAGGGAGAGUUUAAGGAGUGACAGAGAUUCAGAGAACUCUGUCUCUAGUAAGAAGUUCAACGAAGAAAUUAGCUCUACUUUGCAAGAGGAGUUUGAAAACAAAAACUGGAAUAACGGGGACAAUAUGGAAGACCUUCUUAGGAAGAAGCAGCUCCUCCCUCUUCCUCCUCCUCCAUUACUGACACCUUAUACUUCUCCUGUCUGGCUUGCUCCACCACAGUCCCACACUAACACUCUACUGACUCAGGGUGGAGUUCAAGAGCACAUGUUCAGGCUUCCACCUCCAACAUUUACCCAUCAUGCUCCUCUUCAUGUUCAUCCACCUUUCAUCCGUGCUCCACUAGGGGUCACCAGUAACACCAAUGCUCCAUUCAGUCUGGGAGCACAGCAUGAUCUCAUGUUCAGGCCUCCACCUCCAACAUUUUCCCAUCAUGCUCCUCCUUCUCCUCUUGUACUGCCUGCCAUACAACAGAUGAUUAUCCAGCCUCCUGCCCUGCCAGCAGGAGGCACUGAGAGUCAGGAACUGAAUCUGCACAGUUUAUCCAUACGUUGUCGACCUCCAGAUGGAGGCAUCUGUUGUCUACCAAUUGGAGUUCUGAAUGAAGAAACGCUGUACAACGCUGUUCAUGCUCCUCUGAAUGUCAACACCUCAAAUAUGUUCACACACAGCAGUCUGUUGUCUGCCAACAACAGACACAACAGACGAGUUAGAGACCAGCGGGAUGAUGGCCGACCGUACGUUAAAAAGCCACCAAACGCCUUCAUGCUUUUCCUGAAGGAGAUUAGACCAAAGGUGGUGUCUGAGCUCAACAUCAGCAGAAGUGUCAUGGUGAAUAGAGUUGUGGGAGAAAUGUGGAAAUCUUUGCCAGUCGAGGUGAAGGCCAGAUAUUCUGAGAAGGCCAGACUGGAACAAAGGCUCCACCAGCAGCAACACCCUGGUUGGUCCACGGGUGAUAACUAUGGCAAGAAGAGGAAGAGGGUGAAAAAUAAGACCUCAGAGCAGCAGCAGCAGCAGCAGCAGCAGCACAUGGCCUGUAAGCUGAUUUCUGUUCAUCCCUGCAUGUGUUCAUACGAUGAAGACAUGAAAUAUAUUCAAAGUGAGUCACUUUGGAUAACAUGACUGUCGGUUCUGUGGAGUUGAAAUAAAUGCAUUUAAUUAAACGCA